ACCGACACGCUUACGGGUCGGUCUGGACUGAGGUUAGAUUGUGCCUAAUAUCCAUCUCGCCUGUCUACUCUCUUACCGUUAUAAUAUUCAGUCGGCGAACAGGUGCGUGUCAGGACGUGUGUGUCGUUGACCGCAUCGGCAAUUAAACGAAUGAAGGGAAAUUCAUGGACGUUGUCCCUGUUCACCGGUUUUACUGCGGCUUAACUGGAGACAAAUCAUAUCAAGGAGUCCAAACAGGAUGACGCCUCUUGGUCAAACCUGCCCGGUCUCCUUCCUGUUUCCUCACGCCGUCUUCAGAGUUCAGAUGCCACAUCAGCAGCCCGAGCGCUCCUGAGCUCUGUUUGGCUGCCUGGCUGACACCCCGGGGAGAAGUGAUGCGACGGUUUGUCUACUGCAAGGUGGUGUUGACCACCUCUUUAGUGUGGGUGCUGGUGGAUGUUUUCUUGCUGCUCUACUUCAGCGAGUGUAACAAAUGUGAUGACAGGAAAGACCGCUCGCUGCUCCCUGCCCUCCGAGCAGUGAUAUCUCGGAGCCAUGAAGGUCCGGGGGAGAUGGGUAAGGCGGUGAACAUCCCCAAGGACGACCAGGAGAAAAUGAAGGAGCUCUUUAAGAUUAAUCAGUUCAACCUGAUGGCCAGUGACAUGAUUGCACUCAACAGGAGUCUGCCGGACGUGAGGUUGGAUGGCUGUAAGACCAAAGUGUAUCCAGAUGACCUGCCAAACACCAGCAUUGUCAUCGUAUUUCACAACGAGGCGUGGAGCACGCUGCUGCGAACGGUUCACAGCGUGAUCAACCGCUCUCCCAGACGCUUGCUCAUGGAAAUCGUGCUUGUGGACGAUGCCAGCGAGCGAGACUUCCUCAAGAAGAAACUGGAGAACUAUGUGCGAACUCUGGAGGUGCCAGUGAGGAUCCUGAGGAUGGAGCAGCGCUCAGGUCUAAUCAGAGCCAGGCUGAGGGGAGCAGCCGCCACCAAAGGCCAGGUCAUCACCUUCCUGGACGCUCACUGCGAGUGUACAGUCGGCUGGCUGGAGCCCCUGCUGGCACGCAUCAAAGAGGACAGGACAGCAGUGGUGUGCCCUAUCAUUGAUGUCAUCAGCGACGAGACGUUUGAAUACAUGGCGGGCUCAGAUAUGACCUAUGGAGGAUUCAAUUGGAAGCUGAAUUUCCGUUGGUACCCCGUCCCCCAGCGGGAGAUGGAUCGACGCAAAGGGGACAGAACACUUCCUGUCAGGACUCCCACCAUGGCAGGAGGCUUAUUCUCUAUAGACAAAACAUACUUUGAAGAAAUAGGAAGCUACGAUCCAGGGAUGGAUAUCUGGGGCGGAGAGAACCUGGAAAUGUCUUUCAGAAUCUGGCAGUGCGGGGGCUCGUUGGAAAUUGUAACGUGUUCGCACGUGGGCCAUGUUUUCCGGAAGGCCACCCCGUACAGCUUCCCUGGAGGAACGGGCCAAGUCAUCAACAAGAACAACAGGCGCCUGGCCGAAGUCUGGAUGGAUGACUUCAAAGAUUUCUUUUAUAUCAUAUCACCAGGCGUGAUGCGGGUGGACUACGGAGACGUUUCUUCCCGUAAAGCCCUCCGCGAGGCCUUGCAGUGCAGACCUUUUUCCUGGUAUCUAGAGAACAUCUACCCAGACUCCCAGAUCCCAAGAAGAUACUACUCGCUUGGUGAAAUCAGAAAUGUUGAGACCAACCAGUGUGUGGACAACAUGGGAAGAAAGGAGAACGAGAAAGUUGGCUUUUUCAACUGUCACGGCAUGGGUGGGAACCAGGUGUUCUCAUACACAGCGGAUAAAGAAAUCAGGACGGAUGACCUCUGUCUGGACGUCUCCCGCCUCAACGGACCUGUCGUCAUGCUCAAGUGUCACCACAUGAAGGGCAAUCAGAUGUUUGAGUACGAUGCUGAGCGACUCACCCUGCUGCAUGUGAACAGCAACCAGUGUUUGGACAUGCCGUCUGAGGAGGACAAGAUGGUGCCCACCCUGAGAGACUGCAACAACAGCCGCUCUCAGCAGUGGCUGCUCCGCAACAUGACCCUGAGUGUCUGAUCCCUCCCUCACCUCACCUUUCUCCCCCACACUCUCAUCCUAACCAGUCCUGGCUCUCCACACCCUCACCAGGUGGCUCUUACAGUGCACGUCACACGCCUCUUCCUGUGUCAGCCUGGCCAGUGAAUGCAGACAUCCAGGCAGCAGCGGCUUAUUUUUCAUUAUGGAGGCGUCUUCUUUUACAGCUUGCCACAGGUCUGAGAGCAGCUGUGCCAGCUAUUCAAGUGGCAUGACAAGCUGCAGCUUCGGGGACCUCAUCGUGUCCAGGCGGGGAAGAACGAUGUGUGGUGGAGAGCACUGAUAUCAAAGCACUCGUCGGUCAGCCCACCGCUCGCCCUGCAUCCACUGUGCUGCUCAGACUGCUGCUUAGCUGUUGGACAAACGAUUAAACAGAAGAGCGUCAAUAACAAGAAUAUUUCAAGGCACUUGUCUGCGAUGGUCUGCACUGUAUAUGACCUUCCUUGUGCUGUGUACAGUGCGCACAGUGCACUGGUUUCCACCGUAGGUACAAUCUUUAAAACAAGACUGUCGUUGUUUUACUGCUGCUCGUCCUCUUUCCAUAUCAAAGUUACAUUCAGAUAACAUGGAAGCGAUGUUGUUAAGAGAGCCUGAUCAAUACUGGAUUUUUGAAACAGAUACCGACUUUUGAUAUUUAAGAGUUUAAAAAAUCCGACAACAUUCUGUUAACACUCUGAUGCUUGAUUUUAAAGUCAAACUGAAAUUUGAAUUUUCAUCAAAGAAGGAAAUACUAACUAUAAUGGUAUGGCAGAUACGGCGUAUAUUUUAGAAACGGUGUCUAAUGCUGCAUUUGAUUUGUACUUGUAAGUCAUAACUCCGGUCUCUGAGUGACUUCACAUCCGUUCUAUUUGCCACAACGCAAUACAGCUCGUUUGUGACAUUAUUCAGCCGUUGUUGUUUCGCAACAUUGACGGGUUACAAGCAGCACCAAACAACACAUUACAUGCCAUUUCAUGCCUAACAAGGCCUCAGCUAUGUGCCUGUAGGCAGCACUAAGUCAGUAAUGUGUACACGGCUUACGAAAUUGGACGCAAAAAAGACAAAAAGUGCUAAAAACACACAAACCACAGCUUUUAUUUACAGUCAGUGCUCUGGGCAGCCAUCUUGGUUUGCGAAGUCGGUGUCUUCUGAGGGUGACUGAGUUGAUGAGUUGGAAUUCCGACUGGGAGAACCCAGAAGUUUGUAAACUACUCGUCAAGUAGAAGCUAUGCAGCCUAGAUUGUCAAGAUGGGAAUUUAUUCCCACCAGAUGUGUUUUUUUUUCUUUCUAUGGGUCCAGUGGUGGUGAUAGAAAAUGGCCAGAUUGUCAAAAGUCACAGUAAGGAGAGGUCCUGCCACUGCAGCGCUCUGUGUACCCUGUGAUUCAACACGAGCUAACACGGGGAGCGCUUGAUUCACUGAUGAGGCUAAGUAGCCGCUGACAGUGCCAGCUCACAUGAUGAUUGACUGCAUGUGGAGCUGAACAGAUGUUGUACCAAUCAAAUUACCAGUACCACUAUUAUCAGUCAUAAAGAUCACAUCCCACUGGAGAAUACUAAUGAACAGUUGGGGGCGCUGUCACUGCAUGAACGUAGAUCAAACGGGAAAUGUGUUCUUUUUGGUGAUUAUAAACCAAAAAGAACAAGUCUUAACAAACACAAAGGUUGUCUCAGCAAAACUUCUUAUUUCAGUUUGACUUUAACAUAAACAAAUAACAUGAAGAACAUUUUUGUAAGAAUCUCGUAAAAUUUGGUUCUUAAAGUUUUGCAAACAGAAUGUGUACCAAGCAGGUAUACUCAUCAGUGCUCUCUGAAGGACAAACAAUGUAAUGGAGACACUAUUUCCAAAUCACCUCAGGCAUAUCUUUGGCAUAUCUGCACUGUAGUUUCAUGUUGAUUAUUGUUAAUUAUGUAUCAGAUCUUUGAUAAGAUCAUAUAAGCUGAUUUAUUGGUUGGGCUCUACUUGUUGAAGGUAAAGAUUUCAAACCUCUGUUGAAAAAAUAACGUAUACACUACAAGACAAGAAAAACAACUCGAUUGGUCAUGUUCCAUAUCAGUGAAACAGGAAUUGCACUAUGUAUACAGAUGAAAAUGUGAGGCAGCUCUUGGGAUCAACAUACUGUACAGAAGUUUAUUUAUAACAGGCUGUUUGAAGAAACGGAAGAAGUGGCUGCAGGGAAGGAAGUAGCAAGUAAUCGAGACUCUGCUCUGGGUAGAUAAAAUUGAUCUUGAAUGAAUGUACAAUUUUUCCCUAAACAAUAAUGACUGUAUUCUGAAACAAUUUAACUGCACUGUGUUAUAAUGGCUAUCUGAGGGUGUCAUUACUAAAAAAAACAAACAAAAAAAAACCAAAUCACCUUUAUCAGAUUCCUCCUUUUAAGAUGUUUACCAAAUUCUUUUUGAUUUCCUGAGAACUCAUGAUGUCUUCGAGCCAAAUAGUGACGUGUGCCUUUAGAAAGUUGUUUUGCAUUUGGUUCAGUGGAUUUUAGAUGACUGAUUUAUUUUGGUGUUGAAAAAGGAGAAUGUUAAGUCUUAUGUUAAGUAAUUGUUAUAUCUCAUAAAUGCUUGAACUAACAUUGAGCUACAGCAAAGUCAACAUUCCCGAUAUCGAUACCCAUCCAUCAGAAAUGCAGAUGUGACCGGUAAAUUUCACAUCGUUGUUGAUCAGAAUCAGGCAUCAAAUAUUAAUGUACAUAAUGCUGUUGACAUGUUUCUGUCACCGUUGUUGUUGUACAUACAGAACCAAUUAUUUUUCUAAGAUGCUGUAAAACUUGAACACUCCUCAGAGGGGAAAAAAAAAAAAAAAAGACAGUGAAUGGUAAAAAAGAUCAUGAGGUGUUGCAGUGUUUUAUUUGGAAUGGUGGUAAUAAAAAACAGUGCUUACCUUGGGUUUUGAGAUUGUGAUGUGCUUUGGGAAUCAUUGUCGGCCCCGGAAAACCAAUUCUCAGCCUACCUGAAGGACCUCAGGCGAGCAUACAUGAGGGAGCAACUAAUGGUGAAAUACUAUCCAUGCUGCUUGAAUACUGAAUCGUUGCCAAGUGCCUGCUUGGCUCCUCACUAAAAUUCAGUCACCUCUUCUGUACUACGCACACACAUUUAUUGUUUUUCAUUAUCUCGAAUUGCAUGGUGUUAAAAUAGGAAUGUAAUGUUUCAGUGUACUGGUGGCGAAGUGAUGUUACCUGUUUGUACAUUUUUUGCCUUUUUUGUAGGGGGAAAAAAAAAAUCUUUGAACAUAUAUUUAGCAUUAAUUUCAAUGUCAAGCAACUGAUGAAAAUGUGACCACUAACACAUCACAUCAAUACAUCAGUUGUUAAAUAAAGCUUGUUAUUGAAACUUU